UGCUGUGGGAGUGAUUUCAGCCAGUAUUAACCCUCCACGCUGUUUUCCCUUUGUCACAGUGCGACCACCUGCGCUCUGCAACCCUUAAGGCGGUGGCUGUCCAACAGAAGAAAGACAGACAAGACUGAAGAAGGGGGAAAAAAGCGACUAGGAGCAUCUAAACAUGUCAACCACCGGGGAAGUGUCACCUUUUUUCCACAGUGUGGGCUCUGACAGUCCCUCCAGGCCAAGGCAGAAAUUUUGUGGCGUGUUUUGCCCGGUGGAAGGCUCCUCAGAGGCGAAGACGCUGGACGCGCUGUCAGCGUGCAGAGGCAGGAGCUCCGGAGGGAAAGUCAUUGACCGGCAAAGCGACAUCUCCCAGCCCAGGAAGGUGGAAAUCAGGGAAAGCACGGGCAAGGAGGUGCUCCAAAACCUGGAUGAUAAACGGAGUGACCGUCUCUUGAUUAAGGGAGGAAAGAUUGUGAACGAUGAUCAGUCCUUCUGCGCUGACAUCUACAUGGAGGAUGGGGUCAUUAAGCAAAUUGGAGAAAACCUCAUCGUUCCCGGGGGGGUGAAAACCAUCGAUGCCCACGGCCGCAUGCUGAUGCCAGGUGGGAUCGACGUGCACACGCGUUUCCAGAUGCCUGACCGGGGCAUGACAUCAGCCGACGACUUCUACCAAGGCACCAAGGCGGCGCUGGCUGGCGGCACCACCAUGAUCAUUGAUCAUGUGGUCCCUGAACCUGGCGUCAGCCUCAUGUCCGCCUUCGAGCAGUGGCGUGAAUGGGCCGACAGCAAGUCCUGCUGCGACUACUCACUGCACGUCGAUAUCACCGAGUGGCACAAGGGAAUCCAGGAGGAGAUGGAAACGCUGGCGAAGGAUCACGGUGUCAACUCUUUCCUUGUCUACCUGGCAUACAAAGAUAUUUUCCAGCUUACCGAUGCUCAGGUGUACGAGGUGUUUAGCGUGAUCCGAGAUCUGGGAGCCAUCGCUCAGGUUCACGCCGAGAACGGGGACAUCGUUGCUGAGGAGCAGAGGCGGAUUUUGGAGCAGGGGAUCACUGGGCCUGAAGGACAUGUGUUGAGCCAUCCAGAGGAGGUGGAGGCAGAAGCUGUAAACCGUGCGGUUACUGUGGCCAAUCAGACCAACUGUCCACUCUACGUUACCAAGGUGAUGAGCAAGAGCGCCGCUGAUGUCAUCGCACAGGCGAGAAAGAAGGGUACUGUUGUCUACGGAGAGCCAAUCACUGCUAGCCUGGGAACUGAUGGUUCACACUACUGGAGUAAGAACUGGGCCAAGGCUGCAGCCUACGUCACAUCUCCUCCCCUGAGCCCUGACCCGGCCACUCCAGACUAUCUCAACUCCCUGCUGUCCUGUGGAGACCUGCAAGUGACCGGAAGUGCCCACUGUCCUUUUAACACUGCCCAGCGUGCUGUGGGGAAAGAUGACUUCACCUUGAUUCCUGAGGGUGUCAAUGGCACAGAGGAGAGAAUGUCGAUCAUCUGGGACAAGUGUGUUGUGACUGGUAAGAUGGACGAAAACCAGUUUGUGGGCGUGACCAGUACCAAUGCAGCCAAGAUUUUCAAUCUGUACCCCCGCAAGGGCCGCAUUGCUGUGGGUUCGGAUGCAGACCUUGUGCUCUGGGACCCUGACGUAACGAAGAUCAUCUCUGCCAAGAGCCACAACUCUACUGUAGAGUAUAACAUCUUUGAAGGUUUAGAGGUGCGCGGCGGGCCUCUCGUGGUCAUCAGUCAGGGUAAGAUUGUCUUAGAGGAGGGGGUUCUCCAUGCCACUGAGGGCUCUGGGCGUUUCGUUGCCCGCAAACCUUUCCCUGACUACGUCUACAAGAGGAUAAAGGCUCGCAGCAGGCUGGCUGAGCUGAGAGGUGUACCCAGGGGACUUUAUGACGGUCCAGUCUGUGAGGUUUCCGUAACCCCAAAAACCAUGACACCCGUUUCAUCUGCCAAGACCUCACCUGCCAAACAACCCAACCAGCCUGUCCGCAACCUUCACCAGUCUGGCUUCAGUCUUUCUGGCGCUCAGAUUGAUGACAACAUUCCCCGUAGGAACACCCAGCGCAUUGUUGCGCCACCAGGUGGCAGAGCCAACAUCACCAGUCUGGGUUAAAGCUCCACCGCCACACCCCCACCCUGUGCCCUGCCGAGGAGGAAAUUUGUCAUAGGAGGGGUUCAGCUGGUGAGAUCAGGUGGAGAGGAGAUGCCAUAACACAUGAAGCUGAACCCCAUCCUUCACCUCAGCCACUCAGUUGUUCAGCAUUGACCCCGGCACUUCCUCCUUUGCAGAUUUCUUACCCACCAACUUUCCAGUUUCCCAAACCUCGAUCGAACCCAGUUAGAAAUGAAUAAGCAAACAAAAAUCAAGAAAAAAAAAACAACAAACUGCUUUUGAGCACUUUUGACAGCAUUAUUUCAUUUUUUAUAUAUAUUGAACUUUUUUUUAAUCCAUGUUCUUUUAUUACUUGCUUUGCUGUUUUUGUUAAGGUUUCAGGUGAGUCAGACAACAGAAAAAGUAAAGUUUAGGCAAGUUGCUGUAUUUCAGUUGGUCUCUUUCUUUUGUUUUUGUUGUGGCUAGAAUGGAGAAUGGAUACCAAAUUGAACGGUCUUAACAGAGUUGCAGCCAGGUCAGAAAUAUUUACUUUGUCUUGUUUUUAUAUAGAAGGCUGCCUUAAGAGUUGAAAUAAUUCAAGAGAUUUUCUUAUCCAUGUUUGUUUAUUUGUUUCUCACCGCAGUAUAUCUAGUAGUUUUCCACUUGUGGCUUUGCCACAGAUAAAGUCAAGCUGGAAAAAGCAGAGUGCUUCACCUCUCAAUUUUCAUACAUGCUUUGCAGAAACGGUGGUUUGGAGUUACGGUUGAUUAAGAAAGUUUCACUGUCAAACCUUGCCCAUGUCUUAAUGUCCCUAAUUAUUCCUUUUGUGAUAUCCGUCAUGGCUGGGAAGUGACUAAUUAUCCUUUUUUUUUUUUUGCAUUUCUGCGUUACUAAGGUGAACAUUUCUUGUCCUCCUCACAGCCGUCCUCCAUCAACCAACUGCUGCUUUUGCAUAAAGACUGUUUUCUACUCAUGAAAAUCCCUCCUUCAUUUCCACUCUUUAUGUGCCUGAACCAACAGAAGUUGUACUGAUAUUUUGAUUUUAUUGUUUAUUUUUUGUUGAUGUAAGUGAAGGAUGUAAGAUAAAAAAAGAUGUAAAAUAGCCAGGAUUAACCGAUUCAAAGGUGCCAGAUUUUUGUGCUUUCAUAGGGCCUAUCCAACUCGAUUGAGCCCUCUAUAAAGGCAAAAAAGAUCAAUAUCUUAAAUAUUCUAAUGUUUUAGAGUUCUUACCUUGUUGUCAACUGCUUUUUAGUGUUAUCUGUAACUAGGUGCCUAAGGGCUGAGCACUAUUACUUUAUGCUUGAACAUAGACAUGAGCUAAUGUAGUUUGACUGACAUCUUGUGUUGCUUUCGGUGAGGCAUGAGACACCUAAAGGAGGCGCCUGUUAAAAAAAGAAAAUUCAUCAAAGGAUGAAUGAGUGUUCAAAAUCAUAUGUUUCUUUGGGAAGACAUGAGACAAUUAAUAUAAGGCCAUUACGUAGAUAUUUAAUUAAAGUUGCUGUCUUUCUCCAACAGUUAUCUAGGGCAAAUUUGUAAAGUUGUACUGAAACUGAACAAUAAAAAAGCCUGAUAUCACAGAAACAUGAACAUGGAUGGCGACAAUUAAAUGGCAAUUAAAUUUGCUAAAUUAUAAUGAUGAACACUACAGGUACCAUGUUAGCAGGUUUUUUAUGUGCAUACAUGCAUUGUAAUGCUAAAUUUCAGAAUAAUAUUUGGCUAUUGCCAAUUAAAUACUUUAUAUUAGCGGUAGCUAAUCGUAAUGGCCCGUUCGAUUUACCUCAAAAGUGGGAAGUCAGGGUGAUGUAAUCUCCAAGGUGAUAGCUACAGUGCUUGCAUGGUAACAUAGGUAUAUUGUUACCAUGCGGGCAGUAUAGGGCUGACUUUACUUCCAUAGGUUAUAUUUAACUGCAGCUAUUAUUAAUAUUUAAAUCAUGGUAUGUUAGCUAACAAGAUCAUGUUAACACCAAGAGCUGUUAAUUGGGAUUUUGACUUUAUGACAGCAUUUAUGCUGAAGCUGCUAAGUUUAAGUCGUAUGACUUUUGCUAUAGGCGUGAAUCUGAUUUGAGAGGUUUUUUGAAAAAUGAUUUAAACACCCCUCACAUCACAUUACUGGAUAAACCACAAGCUGUUUUGCCCCUGAAUUAAACACAGAAUAGAUUGAUAAUAAUAUCCACUAAUUCUGGACCUUCUCUCUCACCACUCCUUUGGUUGGUUCUGGCUGUAGCGUUGGCUACAAACCUCAAACAUCUUACACUCUUCAGCCGUCUCUCAUGGCAACCUGGUGCUAUUAUUGAAAACUGUGCUGACAUGUUUUUUGAAUUACUUUAUUGUGUAGACUCCAAACUGUGCUGAACUUCUAAAAUGGCACACAAUGUUAGGAAUACAUAGAAAAAUUAACUUUGUUCUCAAAAAAGUCAACUGUCUCCACCGGCGUCCCUCUGUGUCUCCUGCCUCCUCCAUCGACACACACAGUUUUACUCCUCUGAUGCUCUGUCAGCUUGGAUGCUUUCUUUCUAUGCCAUGUUAUGCUAAUAAUAUAUGAGUGACAUGUUUGUACCCAACAUGCUGCAGACUGACAGGUUCUUCCUUCUGUUCUGAGGUUGUUGAUGCUGUUGAACACCACCUUUCCCCCUAAGGCCCGUAGUCACCCCACACCUCCUCCUCUGUAAGCUCUUACCCCUACUUUUGUGAAAGUGAAACUGUGUGAUGAUUUUAGUCCUGGUGGCUGUGGGGUUUCUAGGACACUUGCUUGUUAUGAUGAAAAGAUCAUGUGGACAGCAAUGUAAAGAAAAAAAUAAACAAAACAAGGACUUCAAAAUAGCA